CCCUCGCAAAAACUGACAUGCACACUGCACAUGCACAUGCAUGCACGCACACACACACACACACAUACACACACACACACUCUUUCUUACACACAUUUGCACAUUUUGACAUAUUUUCAGAAUAUUUCUUAGAAGACUUUCUGUACUGCUGGGUAUGAUUGUCUGAUCUUUUUUUAAAAAACUAGGUGGGCUACCAGCUGCUGAUCUGUCUGCUGACAAUAAAAACAGAUAUGCCACUUGCUCGCUGCCAUUAACAAUGACCAUGACCCUUCACACCAAAACCUCUGGAGUUACUCUGCUGCACCAGAUUCAAGGCACUGAACUGGAGACUUUGAGCAGACCUCAGCUGAAGAUUCCCCUAGAUCGAUCGCUCAGUGAGAUGUAUGUGGAGAGCAACAAGACAGGCAUUUUUAACUACCCAGAAGGCACCACUUAUGAUUUUGCCACUGCUGCUCCAGUGUACAGCUCUACUAGCCUCAGUUAUGCCCCUACUUCUGAAUCAUAUGGAUCCAGCAGUUUGGGAGGGUUUCAUUCACUGAACAAUGUCCCUCCAAGCCCAGUGGUAUUCUUACAAACUGCGCCCCAGCUCUCUCCGUUCAUUCAUCACCAUAGCCAACAAGUACCGUACUACCUUGAAAAUGAUCAAAGCGGCUUUGGAAUGAGGGAAGCUGCCCCUUCAACUUUUUACAGGCCAGGUGCAGAUAGCAGGCGUCAGAGUGGCAGGGAGAGGAUGUCCAGCACCAGUGAAAAAACAAGCCUGUCCAUGGAAUCCACAAAGGAGACCCGGUACUGUGCUGUGUGCAAUGACUAUGCUUCAGGCUACCAUUAUGGAGUUUGGUCUUGCGAGGGCUGUAAGGCUUUCUUCAAAAGAAGCAUUCAAGGGCACAAUGACUACAUGUGUCCUGCUACUAAUCAGUGUACCAUCGACAAGAACAGGAGAAAGAGCUGCCAAGCUUGCCGACUACGAAAGUGCUAUGAAGUGGGAAUGAUGAAAGGUGGGAUCCGAAAAGACCGGAGAGGUGGGCGUAUGUUGAAACAAAAACGCCAAAGAGAGGAGCAGGAUGCCAGAAAUGGAGAAACUGCUACUGCUGAGAUGAGAACCCCCACCCUCUGGACAAGUCCACUUGUGAUUAAGCAUACUAAGAAGAAUAGUCCAGCCCUAUCCCUGACAGCAGAGCAAAUGGUCAGUGCCUUGCUGGAAGCUGAGCCUCCCAUAGUCUAUUCCGAGUAUGACCCAAACAGACCUUUCAAUGAAGCCUCUAUGAUGACCUUGUUGACAAACCUUGCAGACCGAGAACUUGUGCACAUGAUUAACUGGGCAAAGAGAGUGCCAGGUUUUGUGGAUUUAACACUCCAUGAUCAGGUCCAUCUACUGGAAUGUGCCUGGUUAGAGAUACUCAUGAUUGGCUUAGUCUGGCGUUCAGUGGAACAUCCAGGAAAGCUCUUAUUUGCACCUAAUCUAUUACUAGACAGAAAUCAAGGGAAGUGUGUAGAAGGAAUGGUGGAGAUCUUUGACAUGCUGCUGGCUACUGCUGCUCGAUUCCGUAUGAUGAAUCUCCAGGGGGAGGAAUUUGUGUGCCUUAAGUCCAUCAUUCUGCUCAAUUCUGGUGUAUAUACCUUUCUUUCCAGCACCUUGAAAUCUCUGGAAGAAAAGGACUACAUUCAUCGUGUUCUGGACAAAAUUACAGAUACUCUGAUUCACUUAAUGGCCAAGUCAGGUCUUUCUCUGCAGCAGCAACACAGGCGACUGGCUCAGCUUCUCCUCAUUCUUUCACACAUCAGGCACAUGAGCAAUAAAGGGAUGGAGCACCUGUACAACAUGAAGUGCAAAAAUGUAGUACCUCUUUAUGAUCUGUUGCUGGAGAUGCUAGAUGCUCAUCGACUGCAUGCCCCAGCAGCUAGAAAUGCUGCCCAAGUAGAAGAGGAGACUCGGCUGACAACUGCAUCAGCUUCAUCGCAUUCCUUGCAGUCAUUUUACAUAAACAACAGGGAAGAUGAGAAUUUGCAAAACACAAUAUGAGAGUCCAUAUGUCAAAAAACCUGCCAUGUUCUGAGGAUCCCAACAGCAUACUACCUACUUCAUGCAUCACUUUAGCUAAAUUGCCAUGUGUAAACACUCCAGUAGGCAUUAAUCACCAGUGAUUUCCAAUCCAAGUGUUCAUUGAUCACAAGCUAAAAUUCAUUGUUAUGGAUAGCCAUCAUGGAUUGCAAAGAUAACUUAACUCUGAAAUUUGGAAUUGCCCCUAUUAACCCUGUGCAGACACUGAGAUUAGGAUUUCUGUAGCCUUUGCUGAUAUCAACCCAACAUUUCAGGCUUUCUUGACCCUUUGCUUGGAAGCCAUUUGGGCAAAAGCACCAGCUGGGUUUGACUAGCAGAGGUGUUUACAUUGAAAGGUCUAUUGGCUCCACAGUGAGCUUACAGGGAAACCUCAACGCUAGAGACUGCCUUGUUAAACAGCUCAGGUCUUGGUAGACUCCAGCCUCUCCUAUUCUUAAAGUAACAAAGAGAAUUUUUCUGGAUGUAGAAUUAUUUUUUGGAUUUAUUUUAUUGGCUGACAAGCAGAUGUUUCCCCCUUCUGCAUGACAUUGACUGUCCAGCCAGGUAUAUUUAUCCUCCCCUAUGGCCAUACUGCACUGAGUGCACUUGAUCUUCUCUGAUCUCAUAAGCUAAAUAAUUCUGAGCCUCAGUAGUACUUAGUUGAAAAACCACCUGGGAAACACAGAUACUGUAGUCAACUGCCCUUGUGUCAGACUAGAUUAACAUAAUGGUCACUUCAAGCCUAAAAUUCUGCAUCUGAAAAAGCAUGGUUAGACUCCUCUGUACAUAGUGUUUUGAUGACAGUUAGCUAAGUGAAAAUAAAAUGAUGUACCAGCAUGCUAGUGUACCAGAACUGUCCUCCCUCCCAUCACUCCCACCAAUAAGCCCGCUGUGCCAUGGAAAAGCUAUGCUAAAACAGAGUCCAGGUCUGUGGGUUACAUACAAGCUGAGAAGUGUACCCUUCCCUUCUCCUCAAGCCUUACUGGGGUAUUCUUAGAUGACAAUUACAGCUAAACUUUAGCUCACUUGUGCCAUGUGAAAGGUGCGCAGAAACUGAAUCAUAUUUAGGGCGCUAUGGUAACAUACAUAUUUCAUGAGGGAAAAUAGUCCCUUUCCUUGUCUACAACUGCCUUUUAGUAUAAAUAAGGGAUAGUCUGAAUCGAAUCAGUUUCUCCCAAAAAAUGCACAUUAUUCUUACUGACACUACUAGGAAUUGCAACUACUUGUGAAGGGUGACUAAUAUAAAGGAAGGUAUACCUUCAGGCUACUGACACUGAGUGCCAUUAAAAUUCAGAUUUCCAUCCCUUUUGUAGUUCUAUUUAUUGCAGUCUAUUUCAUUCUUAAGGACAAGGGACGCAAAUACUGCAACACAGAAGAGUGGCCACAAUGGUCCACACUGGAACAUGAGCAGAAGUCCGGGGACAGCGAGAAACAACUCAGAGAAGCAUGGAGAUCUCAAGGCAUGGUACAUCUUUGUGCUGCAAGCCAAAGUCUUAAUUCUAUCCUCAGACAAGUGCAAUGUUGACUUUGAUGGGAAUUGCACAGAUAUAUCUGAGCACAAAGUUUAGUUGCAUAUCCACAAGUUACCUCUACCUACAUGAAUUUUAUUUCUAAAAAUUACUAAGAAGUUGUCUGAGUGAAAGCUGUGCUCUAAAUUUGUGAAUAAUUUAAUCUAAUCUUAACAUAACAAUCCUGUUGCUACAGAAUUAGCUUAAUUUCCAGUGGCCUUAGCUUUUUUUUUAAAUUCUGAACAUGGUCAUUUGUCUUUCAGUAUGUGCAGUGAAAGCAGUGGCUACACGCUGAAACCUGUUGCUCAAAGGCUAACAAGGGGGCUCCUAAGUGCCUUGUCAUAAAAUGCAUUCAUUUUUGUUUCUAUUUUGUAACUAUUUUUUCUGUGUUGGAAAAGUCUUGUGCGUACUGUUUCAUUUCAAUAAGCAGCGGUCAAGAUCUGAAUAGGACACAGGAAGUCUUGUAGCCAUAAGAAACGUUCAUGUUGUAACUGCUCAUUAAAUAUAUGUUUAUUAGCCAUGCCCAUGUUCUAUUUGAACAUGAAUCAAGGCUAUUAGCUCACCUAAGCUGCACAGUGAUUAAAUGCCUCCUUUUUCUGCUUCUCCCAACAAAAAAGCAUGCUGGGCCAAAUGUACCCAUCAAGGAAUUAAAUACACUUGGGUCUCUCUUUAUGUGAGGGUUGUGUUCCAAAAAAACCAUCUUGCAUAAAGCGAAUUCACAUAAAGCAAAUCUAUUAUUACAUGUAAUUAAUAGGGAUAGAUACCAGCCUGACUCUACUGCCCCCCCGCCAAACCAUGACAAAUUCAAACAGUCAUCACAUAAUAUGAUAACAUAAUAAAAUAAAAAUUCACCUGACAUGGUAAAAAUAAUUAAAAAAAAAAUUCCACUCUGCUCCCAGCCCCACGCUGCUGCCCGCUGCCCGGUGUUUGGGUGGAGGCAAGGUGUUAAGACAGAGCUGUACUGGGCAGCGACAUGGGGCUGGGAGUGGAUCUGCAGUGAAAUUUGGAGUGGUUGCAGCCUCCUCCCAACACCACCAGAGCCCAGUCCCCAGCAAGUAAAGCCCUGGGUAGCUCCGGCUCCAUCCCACAGCAGCAGCCCACACCACACCACACAGAUCUGGGGGCACACGUCCCCCAUGCCCCUGCCCUCCUGGGGUGCAAGCAGCAGCAGGAGCUACACCCACCCUACAAGCCAUGACUCUGUCCUGCAUGCAACCCUGCCCCGGUUGGGCAGCACCUGCCCCAGCUGGGAAGCACCUGCCCCUUCCCAGUGGGGGGUGUUGAUGUACCCCCCCCCAUGGCCCUUCCCUCCCUGCUCCCCUUCCAACUUACCAGCUGGAGCCAGCUCUCCACAUUGCCGCCUCUGCUCCAUGCUGCUCUGUGGCUGCAGACAGCACGGGCAUUUAUCGUCCAAAUUAUUGGCCCUAUCAAGCCAAUAUUUGAUAUAGACAAUUUUCUUUAUAUCAGUACUGAUCUGAUGUAUUAGUGCACCUCUACUUUAUUCACAUCAGUGCGUAGCCCCAUUGCAUGCCUCUUCACAUAAGAUUGACUUUUUCUCACAGAAAACAAAUUUCCUUUAUAAAUAAGGUCAUCACAUAUAAGCAAAUUCACACAAAACAAAUUUGCAUAAAGAGAGACCCGAGUGUAGAGCAUUAUAUCCCAUGGUCAGCAACUGAAUGUCCCUGUGACAUAUGUGUGAAGUUUGGAGUGGAAACAAAUUAGGAAGUACAUCAAAACAUGGCCCCGAAUAUUAAAAAUAAGUUAAAAAGUAGGUAUACAACAGUAUUAGGGAUCCUUUUUUUUUUUUAACCUUGACCCUUACAAUGAGGUAACUUAUUUAGUUCUAAAUGUAUCUUGUAACCAAAAAGUUGUUGGAAUCCAAAGGAAAAAAAAUGUUGAAUAUACCAAAUACCACAUACAUUAGCUUGGGGCAGUUUUCAGUGCUCUGUAUCGUUAAUUUGUUCAUAAAAUUUUUCUUUAAAAAAGCACCUUAAAUAAUGUAAUAAAAAUAUAAUUAUACCUAUAUAUAUAUAUAUAUAUAUAUAUACACACACACACACACACACACACACAUAUGCAUUCAUAUAUAUAUAUAUAUAUAUAUAUAUAUAUAUAUAUAUAUGCAUAGUUCACAUAUCAGACAAUUGAAUGUGCCUGUUCUGUUAACCCAGUUAAUGGAGUCUAUGAUACACAAAACAAAAGUAUUUUCUUUUAUUGAGAGUUUUGAGGUACUUUAUCAUGUAUGCAAUCAUUUGUGCCUGAGGCUUACUAAUUGUUAAUUUACAUGAAAAAAUUUCGUAUAUACUUCAUAUGUGCAGUACACAAACCAGCACUACCUGAAAUGCCUAAUGCUGGAUAUAAAGAAAAAUAUCAUGUAUUAAAGAACUUGGUUGAGAAGAAGAAUAUUCAGGGCAGCUAAUUAUGCUUUUACCAAAACAUUAAUACUGAUUCUUUGGAUUGUAGCUAAUGAGACAAUAAUUAUUUUGUAAUGUUUAUACUUGGAUUUAUAAAAAAUAAAAAACAACAAAAACCAAAUACCCUAGACACAUAGGCAAUGUACAACCAGUAUAAGACAAAUAAUAACAGAUCAGAUAAAAUUGCUUGGCAUAUCAGAACAGUUCUAGUCUAACACUGUUUAUUAUAAAGUUUGGGGAAGAGGUGAAGGUGAUAAUGUGAACAGUUUCAUCUGCUAAUGUCUGGGUUUCCUGCUCCUCUGUAGUUGACUGAGCCAUGGCUCCAUUUGGCAGCCUGUGUCCGGUAAAACUCCCAUGGAAGACAGACUAGGCAGUAUAGGAAGACAGUGCUAGACUAAAAUAACUUCAUGAGCAGCUUCCUUUAUUUUUUUUUGUGAUGCUUUUACUGUUCUGUGCCAAUAACAUUUCCUGUUUUUUUUUAAUAUCGUCAAGAGUUUGGUAGAUUAAAAAACAGUCACUAAGCAAGCAAGCAAGCAAGCACUGGAUGUCAUUUCCAUUGAUAAUGCAUGGAUUGCCAACAAGUUGGUGCUUUAAUAUGAAAGGGGUAUGUCUCAUACUGGAGUCACUAUCCAUUUCAGUUUCUAGUGACUGGAUUCCAGAGGAACUGUGCCAAAAUGCUAAAACUGAAAGGAAACACAUCUGAAUGAAAAAGGUUUCCCUUUUACACUAAAAAUCCUGCUCCACUGAAGUCAAUUUGAGCCUUCCCACAGACUUCAAUGACACCAGAAGAAGGCCGUGUUCAUGUACAUAUAGUACCUUGUUUGUAAAAUUAAGAUGCAACCCAACUUAAAACCAACAUGAUUUAGUGGUAAGAUGUCAGCUGAAUUAGUUUGAAGUUCGUGUACUGCUUGAGAUCAUUGUAAAUGCUAUCAACAAAUGUAUUAGUUUUACAAACAAAAUAGCCUCAUAUUUGAAGAAGUGUCAUGUUAAGACUGGAUCUUAAUGCAUUGUAUUUUUAACUACCACCCAAAAAUACACCCCAUUUCAAAUGGACUUGAAUGAUUUCAUUUGUAAGGUACCAAAAUUCACAUCUCUAGCAUGAAUAAUGUGUGCUUUCUAUUUACAUUCUUUCUUUUAAUUCAAAUGUAGAUAUUCUUAUGUCCAAAUAGUUGUAUUUUCAGUGAUUGUUGCCUUCAGGAGGGCACUUUAAUUUUUGCACUGUCUGUAAAAGAUAAAAAAAAAAAAAAUUCUAAUCUUUUUUUUUGCGUUUAAAAAAAUGUGCCUGAUCUUUAAGAAAUGUAUAUGCUGCCAUGUUGCAAACCCAUGUUCAGUUAGUGUGCUCUGUACUCCUGUGUGCCUCAAAUUAGUAGUCUGUUUCUUUAGAAAGUGCCAAUUGAAAAAUGAAGAGAUAGAUUGCUAGUCACAAAGACUUGCAUUAACAAGCCACUUUUAUACCACCUUAUUGUACAUACCAUAAAAACAAUUAAGCUUUUUUGUGCACUACUUACUCUUUCACUGUAGAGCCCUUUCUUUAGUAUGAGGCUCAAGUGCCAUAAUGUAUUAGUUGGAUUAUACUGCUCUUUCACUGAUGCAUAUAUUGUUAUUGGUGUCUUUGUUUUGUUGAGGUUUUGCUUUGUUAUAUGAGAAACACAUGUAAACCUCUUUUGCACCUUUACAAGAAUGUUACAAACAAAAUCUGGUGAUACCUGACUUGUGCGAGAUUUUUCCCAAACUAUUUGAUGUCAAAUAAAAAAAUAAAGCAGA